UCCGGAGAUGUCAGUUUGUCAUUUUUCAAUAUUGUUUUGCACCCUGAAUAUUUUCUGACCUUUUCUUUCUCAGCAUUCUGCACCAAAAAUAACACCAGUAAUUAAUUUUACUUCCUUAGUCUGGCUGAAGGAAAGAAAAUGAUUGCAUUGGUUUUUCUCCUGUUAAUUUUUAAUGACCUAACUCGGUCACAUUUGGCAGUGGGGCGGAAAGCCUCAGAGAUGACCGAUUUCUGCAAGCUUCUGGAAAAGAGAUGUCUGGGUAAGGAAGGGCAAGGUCACCUCAUCAAUUCCCUUCUGGAGGGAGAACCAGGAUUCAGCUCUCAUCCCCCUGUCCAGCACAUGCUGAUGGGAAUGGCAGGACGGGUAAUGGCAGAGUACUCACCAUAUGUGUUUUGGACCUGGCAGAAAUGUAGGUUUACUGUGGUUGCAGGGAAAGGAGGAACAGGAGACAGCAAUUUAUGGGAAAUCAGACUUUAUUAAUUCCUCUGUCCAUUAAAAAUUACUGUCCUUUUUUUCUAACCCCUUUCUUCUAUUGUCAUAUACUUAACAGUCAUGACUAUGAUUUUAACACAGCUGAGGAAACGUAUUAAUUAUCAUUUGAUUCUUGCACAAAGCCUGAUAUAAAUCCCUCAUUUCCUUGCUUACCUUUUAACCUUUGUGUCAUCCUGUCAACGAUUAUGACCUUUUCACUAAGCUGUGUGAAAUUCCCGACUGCUGCAAGGAGAAAUUGCCGUCCUCAUUUGAGGCCUGUGGCCCCAAAAGCUGACAUUGUGCAACCUCUCUGUCUAGGUCCAGAAUAUACUUUUUUAUGACUGGCUGCCAAAUUCUUCAGUGGAACAUGCAGCUACAGCUCAGAAAAGGAAACUCCUUCGCUCUGCACAAGUUUUCCUUUAACUUCUUUGUGGGGUUGUCCUGCUUGGCUGUGCCGUGUGUCUGGGAGUUGGUUUGCGGUUGUGCAAAGCUGGUGCAGCAGAAGGUGUGAUCACAGCAGGGUUAACGCAGCUUCCGCGUCCAGCCCUCCCCAGGCACUUGUUAAUCAUGUUGGUGCCUUGCGGUACAGUUUGUUCUUUCCGGUGUAACCAGCAGCAAAGCAGGGUCCCGUCAAAAAAGAAGAAAUACAGGUUCCCACUGCAGCCUUACACAGCGUAGGAAUUUCCAGCUUGUACAAAUCAGCUCCCAGAUUGAAAGAAGUGAGAUAUAUAAAGCUGGAAAUGUCUGCGUAUUUUAUCUCAGAUGGUACCUUUCAGAAUUUAAUAGGAUUGUCCACCUGUCUGAAGAAACCUUUAAAUAUCCUGGAAUAUGGUGGAAGCAGUACUGAUAGAUAUGUUCAGCCUCCCAGCCAACUUGCAAAACAACAUCCAAGGAUUACUACACAACACUCUGGAAGCUAUUGAGAAAUGUUCUGCCAUCCAUGCCCCAUGUGUUUAUGUCAUGUGUUGCCAGAGGCAGGGGAGUGAAAGGAAAGGUGAGCAAGAGUUCUUGCUUUCAGCUCUCAGAAGUUUUCAGAGUCUGAAGAGGAGACUGGAGGUGGUAUGUGCUCAGACUACAGCUGCUGCUUUGUACACCGUCAAACAGAGACUGGAUGAAAAUGACCUGAGCAUCAUUAAAGUUAUUCUCCCUACCUUAAGAAAAGACUUAAUGAAAGUAUAUAUAGACCAUCUCUUUACAGCAGUCUACCAGUUUGAAUUUGAGGAUUUACAGGUGGUAUCUGACUGUGAAAACCUGCAGCUAUCUGAACAUCAGCAUGAAGGGCAAACACUUCCUUCACAGAAUGUCGCACUCAUCCACAGUGAGAUUCAGAUGUACUUGGAAAGCCUGCCAAGUCUGAAAGGGGAGCUCACCAUCCUCAGAUCUUCCCUGAUCCCAGAUGAUAUUUUCUUACAUGGGUUCACCACAAGGACAGGAGGGAUCUCCUAUAUACCAACUCUAAGCUCCUGCAAUCUCUUCAGCAGCUCCAAGAGGAGGGAUCCACAAGUUGUUGUUAAAGAAAAUCUCCGCCGGCUAGCUAAUGUUGCUGGAUUUAACCCAGAGGCUUUUCACAGAGUCAAGGUUGAUCAUGCUAAUGCUGUGUGUAUUAUGGGAAAGACAGAGCCUGACAACUAUGAUGGAAUAGUUACGAAUCAGAAGGGUGUCACACUGGCAGCUCCAGGUGCUGACUGCAUACCCGUGCUGUUUGCUGAUCCUGUCAGAAAAGCCUGUGGUGCUGCUCAUUCUGGAUGGAAAGGCACAUUGUUAGGAGUGUCUAUGGCCACAGUGAAUGCUAUGGUAUCUGAAUAUGGCUGUAACGUGAAAGAUAUCCUUGUGGUGCUGGGCCCAUCUGUGGGACCUUGCUGCUAUAAACUUCCUCAUGAAUCAGCAAAAGAAUUUCACAGAAUUGAUCCAAAGUGUGUGAGACUAUUUGACUCUGCAAGUCCUUAUAUUGAUAUCAGAAGAGCAACAAGGAUUCUUCUUGAGAGAGGUGGGAUUCUUCCUGAGAACAUCCAAGAUGACUCUAUCACAGACCAGAACCAAAACAUCACUUUCUGUACUGCAUGCCACCCUGAUAAAUUUUACUCUCACUUUCGUGAUGGCAAUAACUUUGGGACACAGAUUGGCUUCAUAUCAAUCAAAGACUGAGAAAGCGUCUCUUUCUCUAGAACAGCAUUUAGAUACUCUCAGGGCUGAGAGGAGAUCCACAGAAGAAUUUUGGGGGCAUGAUCUCCAAAGGACAGCAGGACUGAGUUCUCUCUCUUAUCCUUUUACGAAUGCAGCAUCAUGUCUCCAGGGCAACCUGAAUUCUGACAGUCAUGGGAGCAAGGACAUGGCAUGGAUAUUCUAUUUGAUUCCUGCAACUGAAAAGAGAUCUGAGACAAAAAUCAAUAUGUCACUAAAAUAAGAGAGUUCUUUUUACAGUUAAUUUUAUAUAAAGGUUCAUUUUCUCUAUUCUUGUGCAAAUGUAAUUCAGAACUGCUAAGUACUGUGUUUGUUUUGUUGAUCUUUCCCCUUCUACAUAUAGCAAAGGCCCAAACAAACUGAAAUAAAUAGGUUGCAACAUAAAAAUGAGGAGUGAGCCUACCAUAAAACUGAGUAUGCAUUUUGUAAGGGAGCCUGAAAACAGUGUUCAUAUUUCAAAAUGUAUAAUUUUUUGCAAUAUUUUUAAGCAGUGAAUCAUAGUUCUGGUCAAUUGAAAGUGAUUUUUCCAACAACAGCUGUCUGAAAUAAAUACCUUAUCAUUUCCCUUUGAGGCACUGAGCACUAUCCUAAAGCAAUAUUGAAGCAUAUGUUGCAGCUAAAGGAAAGCAUUUCUGUUCUGCUUUGGUUAGCUUUCUUAGAAAUAGGUGAACAUGAUUUUUCUACACAAGAAUGAAUCACAAAAAAACUCAGCUGUGAAAACAAAAUUGUGACAGGUAACUCAAACACUUUCAGUCAGUUUUAAUAUGUGCUUUUAGUAAGUGCUUCAUAAAACUAUCAUUAAAGAAAACUGGGUCAUGCAGAUGAUUUUAUUUUGACUCUGUGCUUUCUUCUUUAUAUCAUCCCCAUAAAAAGCUGCAGGACAUAAAAUGUGAGUCAAUCAAAAAAACUCCUUAGAGAGGCUCCUUUAGUUUUGUGGAUGUUUAUUGCUGCAUUUGAUACUUGGAUCUUACUCAGUUCCCUCAAUUAUGCUGCAACUUGGAUCCAUGGGUUCCCUCAGCACUGACACAUUCUGGCUCACAUAACUCCAUGCUAGCCAUGGCAGACAUACAGAUUCAGAGUCGAUACUGAUGUUUAUGUUGUAGCUUUUGUUCAAACUAUGUGUUGCUGACAUAAAUGACAUUGCAACAAAAAUAUGGUGUGAUGAUGGUGAGAUAUUUUGAGAAAAAUCUCCUGAGCAACCCUGCAUUCACUUAAUGUUUUAGGGGCUAGGUUAGCAGCGAUUUUUUGCUUUUAAUGAGACUGGGAAAGUUCAAGAUAAUUCUGCAUUCUCCUUAUCUAGUAGAUGUGUUCAUCAGAGUGACAUAGCUUGGGUUUUAGAGUCUUGUCCCAUGUACAAUUGUAUUUCUCUAAUUUCCUUUAAUAAUGGCUUCUUGAGAAGGGACUGACUGUGUGUAUAUUGGUUAAGAAGUGCAAACUUCAGCUGACCCCUCUUCAUUAGUUUAUAUUACUAUUUAACAUAAAAGUCUGUUAGAAAAUACAGGCACAACAAAAUGGGAAAGUUGGACUGCUCAAACUAAAUGUUCUUUUAGGAGAAAAAGAUUUAGACAAAGCUAGUUUCAACAUCUUCAGGAUGACAGAUUUCAAUACAACUUUUGAAGCAGCUCUUAUUUCUUACUUUGAAUAUUAGGAGUAAUCUGAAAUAAACUUUAAAAUUGAAGAAGUGCCAUUGCAAAUUAAAACAAAUAUUAAAAUCUCAAUUUAUGCUGAAAAAAGCCCGUCUUCCACAGAGCUCAUCUUAUUAUUUAUGUAUAUUUAUCUGCAUGAACCAGUCCUCUUAUUUCUUCAAUAAAUAUUUCCUUCAUAGAUUGUAGAUUGUUAUAUUCCCUUCAAUAAAUGUUUAGCUAAGUUUUACAUACAACAUUUAGCUCCAUUAGUCCUUCCUAAGAUGACCCUUCAGCUCUUAGCUCUCCAGAUUCUGCCUUAUUAAUGUCAAUUAGGUGUUCAUCAGUUUUCACUUACAUGCACUUUUAGAAGGAGAGUGACAUUUGAACUUUGUACAGAGACUUGUUGUGGUUUUUUUCUGAUAGGCUUUCAAAGUGGUGCUUUUAGAUACAAAAAAAAAAAAAAAGCUUAAUUGAAUGACCUUGGCUUCCCUCUCUUCCCUAUUUUCCAAAAGAGUCAUAACCUAUUGCACUUCAAUUUGGAUUUAUUUUAGGCUUCCCAGCUAUAACUCAUAAUUCAUCACAUUGUUCCAGAAACAAUCUUCAUGAAGGAGGCUCAACCCAGAAAGUGAAAAAUAGUUGUUAUUUUUGAGGCUGACGUGGAAUUUAUGGUAGGAGAGCAUUUAUAACUUAAGCAAAAACUUUUUAAGUAUCUGAGGUUGAAAAGCUGAUACUAGGAAACUAAAAUAAUAUGGAAAUAACUUCACAGUUUUGCAGGGAGAAAAAAUAUCCAUACGUGCGAAAAUUCAUUCCUUGAAUUAUAUUCACAUCAGGACUGGAUGCCUUUAUACAUACUCAUUUAUCCCUAGCAAACUGGGAAGAGGCUAGAAGGAAAGAAUGAUGUUGUUUUCCCACUCUAAUAAAUUAUAGGAGAAAAGAGGUAUACAGCAGCAAUCCUUUUAGCAAGUGAGUUAAAGAGUGCACUGGCUAAUGAUGAACCACUUUCUAUGGAGCCAAUAUCUGAGACUGAAAAAGCAGCCAGUCACUCCCUGGCUCUGCAGCAGUCUCAGUUAUACACAAACAGAAGCAGGGAACAAAAAUCUCAUUUGGGAUGCAGCUAGCCUGAAACAGAUAUCCAUGGUGAGACACUCUUGGAUACAAGAAGCAGAAAAAAGACAGCAUCAUGAUGAUAAAGACAUUUCUACACCUGCCUAUUAAAGAUUUAGUGCAAGAAGAAUUUAUCGAUGUGGAAACAUGGCCCCUACCUUAUUGUCUGAGCAGAGAGUGGUUCUGCCAAGCAUCUUCCUGUGGGUAGCUAUUCACCACAGUUGCUAAAGCUAUUGAGGCUUCUUUGUGUGGUAGAAUUCUUCCCCAGAACCUGGAAGGGUUGGAGUAUUGAAUUCUUAUAGAUUUAUUUCAGUUCUCCUCUUUUUUCCUCCCUAAUUCAAACCCUGCUACAGGCAUACCAUGCACUCACAAGCUUCCAAUCCAUGCAGGCAGGGAGAGGACCACAGUUAAUUGUGGGAGGCAGAUUAAGAUAACUGUCUGUAUGAUCUGCAUGCAGGACUCUGGGACCUUGCUGGGGCCAGAAUAAUUGCAAUGAAGGGCAAAUCUGCCCUUGCCCACUGCAGCUGUAUUUCUGAACUGAAAAUGUGGAAGAGAAGCUGCUUUCUGAUAUUUCAGUCAGCUUGGCUAACAGCCCAAUUUGGCAGACUUGGAAGAUUUUCUAUCAUGUUUCUCUGAAGUAAGAAUAAAUGGCAUAAUGUAUGUUUGGCUCAAGAGAUGAGAGUCUAAAUUUUGAAGAAUCUUUUCUUGUUUGUUAUGGAACAAAUCCUAAACUUAUUGCUUAGAAGUCCAGACACCCUGCUGCUAUGAGGCCCCAUCUGAACAUCUUGAGUAAAGGAGGCAAGUACUCUCUUGUGUGAAUACUUGCUAACAUUUCUAAUCUCAGCUCUAUUAAUUACUGUGGCAGAAGUUAUUUCACAAUGGACAAGGCAGAUCGACCUCCUGAUCGGUCCUAGAAAGGCAGAGAGGACAAGGGGGAUAAAUACUGUGAAACUACUCCUUACUUGCAUGGCAGCCACUUAAGACUUUGGGCAAGGCUUCAGGCCUGAGAAAAGGUAGAUCAUGAAGAGAAAUAACCCACUUAUCUUGGGUUCUGAUAGAAACAUGUGGAAUUGGCAAGGUAGAUUUUUUGUACCCUAUCCACUGUAUAUUUUGCUUCAGUUUGUGCAGUACAAAGUUACCAAAGUACCAUCCUGAGCACUACUGGCUUUGAAGCAAUAAACAUUUCUGUGUCUUUUGUCUGUUCUUGAUCCUGCCUAGCUCAGCCAUAUUGGUAGUAGUAGGUUCAAGAUUUUGAGUGGUCAGUUUAAUAUGUAAUCCACACUUCUCAUAAGAAAACCUUAAAGAGAAACUUGUAAUCUGUGAAUUUAUGGUGGUUUUAUUCUCCUUCCUGGACAAUGCCACUGCCAGAGACAGCAAUGCCAGCAGCACAGCUCACAAGAUGAGCAACUCUGCAGAUAGUGCACAGAGAUCUCAAGGGUCUAGAUAUUUAAGAUCUACAGACCAAGAGGCAUGUAGGAUUGUGCCACACUUCCAGGCCCUGAAAACACCAUCCCAAAAUUUCAGAGCCAGGAGACAUAUACCAGAAGCUCUCAGAUCUGAGGAAGGAGAAGGGGAGAUUUCUAGGAGAUGCUCAAAGAAUGGAAAUCCCAUGGCUUUUCCUACUAUGUGUUUCGUGGGCAUCUGCAGCAAGGUUUGCAUUUGUCAUGGAGCACCCCAAAUGCACAGCAUCUACAAUGAAAAAACAGUGCCUUUUCAUGAGUUUUUGGAGACAGAGCUAGUUUUGGCACUGUGCUGUGACCCUCAUGCUCUCAAAAGUCAUAACUGUCUACUUUUGGAUGCUGUAAUGUUCUUCCACAAUUUUAGACUGGCUAUGGAUGCUGUUAGAAGGCCCACUGUGUGAAAGUGAAUGCUUUUCUAAGUGGUAGGGAUAUCAGAAUUCUCAAAUUUUGAAUAUGCAGUUUCUACAGACCAACUCAGGAAAAUCUGAACGGUUGUGGGAGGCAACGUUUUAAUUCUUGUUUAUUUUGUAGUGACCAGAGGUAACAUUUGAAAUUGCUGUAGCAUUUUUACUUCCAUUUGCAGAUUGCAGAUUUCAUAGGUGUGUUUUGAAUUGGAUGAUAUUUAAAAUUUUCAGCUUUGAGGACUUAUCACGAGAAAAUGUUUUGUGGAUGUUAUGUUUGUGUUUUAAAUUACUGAUCAGCUGUGAUUAAUCUGAUUAGUCCUUUGACUGGAGGAGUGUGAAUCACUUUCCCUCAGGUAUAGCUGCUUGGGAACUGAAAGUGUGUUUUAUGGACACAAGUCCAAAGUCCUCAUGAUAGGCUUCAUAAGUGCCAGCAAAAAAUGAAUAAAACUUGUGAAAACAAGAAUGUGAACUGUAAAAUCGCUACCAAAGAGAGUGUGUUUAAAUAUUGAAGUGAACAAUCCCAGAUAGUUUGGAGCGGAAAAUUUGCUUUGUUUAUAGGGAGCACAACAUCUCCAAAAAAAUACAGGAGGAUGGAGUGUUGUUAGCCAAAAGCCAAUCUGCCAUGGCCUCUCUCUUGUUUCAUUUAAUUCAUUUAAUGAUGUGCAUUAUAGUCUUCUUUCUCCGUUAUCUAGUAUUAGCGUCUAAUUUUUUUUCAUCAUAUUGGAUAUAAACUGAGAUGAUACUGUUUUCUGGUGGUGAUGAUGACAGUGCUGUUCAAGCCUACCACUCUGGGAACUAGACCUGGGUUUUGAAGGACUCUCUGUGAGCUGGACCUGGAAAACAUAUGCUUUCAUCAGUCUGUAGGGGGACAUCUUAAAGAGGCCAAACUCUACUCCAUACUGAUUAACUAAGAAAUUACUCCAGAAUGAAAACAAGCAUGAGUACUUUUGAGAAAGAAUAUGGUGGUAGGAUCAAUAUAUGAAAUUCAUAUAUAGAAAAUAUUUUGACCAUGAUCACAGAGUUGUUGGCAGAAAAUGUGAAACGUAGCAAUGAAGUUGAAGGUCUCCAGUAUCUCAGAAGAGAUUGUUUUGUGCUUGAGAACAUGCAGACAAGUCCAGGAAGAAAGAUUCUUGGAAUUUAGAGGAAAUCCUGACACAUACAGAUUUCUCUGCCAUUUGAAUAGAGGUGCCAACUCAUUUGAAUGCAUAUGCUUCCAUCCAUAUUUUUAUCACUUAUUUGCAUGCAUAGGCACACAAUUUCAGCUAUGCAUCUGUGUUUAAAAAUGCACACAAGAGCCAUGUAUGACUCUGAGCAUGUUUUUGUUAAUAUAUAUAUAUAUCAUGCCAGCCAGCCAAAUAGCAAUAAUAUUUCUCCUGCUUGCUCAUUCUUGGAUGGCUCAUUUACAUGUUUAUGCAGCUCCUAUUUUCUUUUUAAAAUAAAAAUCUAUGAAGUUAUCUGCCUAGGCUUUCACAAGGACACAAAUCACUAAGCUUCUGAUUUUUUUAAUUAAUUCUAUCCACUUCAUUUUUGCAGUUCUAGGCAUUCCUGAAAGUGAGGCUAUGCCAUCAUUCAUUUGUUUCCAAUGAAUGGCUCCAGAAUAAGCUCAUAAUUGUGGUCAGCAUUUAUGUCAACACCAUCCAUAACUAAACAAAAAUUGAUGAAUAUCAGCUUUUUUAUAUUUAAAUUGUAGAGCUGACUUACUGUACUAUCAUACUAAAUUACUUAACAGAAACAGAAAUAGAUUAAGAUGGAUUUUGGAUUGCUUUGAUUUAUUUAUAAAUUUUCUUAAAAAAAACAAGCAGGUCACUGGUAAAAGAAAAAAAAAAAAAGAGAAAUGUAACUAAUCAAAACAGACUGCAGGUUACAAUUAAAGUACAGUCACAGGAUUCAUUGCAGUCACAGUCAUGCAGUUGUGACCUAUGUGCUCUUUCUAUCUGCUUUGUACUCAGCUACACUGUGCUUUAUAUAGAUUGAAAGACCUACAGGGAAAGAGUUAUAGCCUGGAUUGUGGAACAGCCUUUGUGCUAUGCCUCUAAAGGCAAAAUGCAUGUUUGUACCAACAUCAGAUUAUGCCAAGAGGUGAAAAUCCAGCUCAGCUAUCAAAGGAAGGAUGAACCCAAAAUAGAAAAUAAAUUAGUAGCCUAGCAUAAAUCUUCCCACUUCAGCACUAGUGCUGGAUAUAAAUUCUGAUGGACAAAAAAGCUUUUCUGGGACAUCCCAGCAUUUGAACAUGCACUCCUUAAUCUGAAACAUUUUGGGGCUUCCUGCAUUUUGAAAGACUACACAGCUGACUUUUGCCCCAUGGCUGGGGAACCAAGGAUGGGAUUUGCUCACACCUUUACAACCCUCUUUAAUGGAGGAUUUUAGAGAAAGUCAGGGUCAGACUAAUCCUGAGUGAAAGGAUCUCGUGCUGCAUAUUGAUGGAAAAAGGAGCAGUUAGCAGUUAUGUCAAGGGAAAUUCUGAUUGCAUGGAAGUUGGGGGUUUUUCCUUCCCAGUGAGGGCAUUACUCAGCAAGGUAAUGAUAUGUGCAGCCAUGGAAAUUUAAAAUCUCAGCUAGACAAGGACUUCAGCUUUUCAUGUCUAACUUUGAAGUUAGCCCUGCUCUUAGUAGGGCUUGGAGCUCCAGAUUUCAUUAAAUCAUUCUGUGACUCUUUGACUUCAGACAGAUGAAACACUGAUAUUUACACUUGAUUUAGUCAAUCAAGAUCUCCCUUAUAGCCAGGAGAGAAAAACUUGGUGUGGUUCAUUUUCAUACUGUGCUAUCUAGGUCUGAUAGGUUGCAACGCUGACUACAAAAGGUAGUUAGCUCGGGUUUGUGCACCUCCAUGGCAUUUAGAUAAGACCAACAUAUUUUACCUUCUGUGGAGAUGUUUGGGCAAUGGGGAUCCAGAACUCACAGGCUGCUUGACCUCAGAGGAACUUGAUGGGAAGUGGGAGCCACGAAAGUCUUCAGCAGAUGGUUGGUGAAACCCAUAUUCACACUUAUAUAUUCCAAAUAUUUUUAUUUCUAUAUCAUGAUAGAUCCUGAAGGGCUCUGCAAUGGUCCUUUUAUUGAAUGAAUUCAACUAAAAUAAAUGUUUCAAUCAUUUGUA